UUCGUUUUUUGGAUAUAUUAAAGCGUUUGAUUUAUUGUCUUAGCCUUUAUUUUGGUGUCUCUGAAGGAAGGUACGGCUCAAAGCAUAGGAGACUUAGGACACUGAUUUUCGGAAGGCUGCAACUAAAUUGUUCCCACAAGCAACAGUUAAAUAAAGGAUUUCUUUUAAAUUUAACUGAAGGAGCUCCAGAAGGGAUGUCUUCUUUCGAAAGCGAUGAUAAAGCGUUUGGAGAUCAGAAAGUAAAACGUAAGAAUUUAAAAAAGUAUGUAUCCAAAGUGUUCAAAGAAUCAAGUGUCACCGCUGUUUCAAGCAUUUUAGGGACUGUCGACAUUCGACGGAAGGUUUUUCGGAUGAUAGUACUCAUUCUUUGCCUUACAGGUUUCCUGUAUCAAUGCGUCAAAUUUCUUGAAUAUGCUUUUCAAUAUCCUACGGAUCUGGAGAUUUCCAUCGAUAAACCGACAUCUUUAGAAGUUCCUGCUUAUACCUUCUGCAAUGAUAAUGGAAUUGUGCGAAGCAAAUAUUGUGCUAAAUACCCUGAUCACUGCACUUUACCUGAUGAAUUAGUCUGCAAGAAGUAUCCAAAGUACUGCACAGCAAACAGUACUGCUUUGAUGCCAAAAAAUGAAUAUUAUGUGCCGGAUACAGAUAUGACGCUGGAAGAAGUUGCAGAAUUAGGCCAUAAUUUGAGUGACUUUCUUCCUUCAGCUUCUGCUGGUUUCAAUAAGCACAUUCCUCUCGAAAGCUUUCACGGACCUUUUUUGAGGGCAAAAUCUAUCUUUUAUGGAAGUCGUGUGGGAUGUUACAGUCUGAAUUCUCUGGCUGACAGCCCAGAUGAGCCGGAAAAAAUGCGCAUACAAGAGAUGU